CCAAGUCGGUGCCAGGGACUUCUUGUUUCGCUCGGUCCCGCGUCCGUCGUCUGCACCGCGCCCCGCUUCGCGGCUGCCAUGAUGAAGAAAUCGAACAAUCCGUCCAAUUCACGUAAGCGUGAUCGCGGCUUCGCCAUGUCCACGAAGCGUCCCGAGCCUGAACGGAGUUCGUCGUCGGGGUACUCGGCCAAGAGAGUCCCCCUCGCCAUGUCGACAAAACCGUCUGCCGGGUAUCUCUUGGCGAAGGGCCCGGAUGGCACUCGUGGAUUCUACAGUCGAAGCCAAAAGUUGAACGCGAAGGCGCAUGAAUUCGUCCCUUCGUCGUUCUAGUGGCGUCGUGGUCUCAGCGCCAGUUCGUGUUCGAACACCACAGAGUGCCACCAAUUCCUCCACACUCGUUCCAUCCCGAUGCAAACCAAAACAAGUAGCGAUCUAUCGAUUUUCCCAUGCCAACCCAUCAGCAUCAAGGCACGCCGAAGCAUAUAGUUUUGCUCGGCCCUCCGUCGCCACGCUAAUCUAAGUAAACGUCCAUCCAGUCCGUGGAUUCUGUUCCUGGAUACACGGAACAAAAAAUGUACCGAUGCUGAACUCCUGUAAGACGAUGAGGCAGCGCAACCAUCCCUUCGCAACAUUUUCACCUCGUGUCGAUCACGCAACUCGGAGGUGGCUUGGCGUGUCGGCCCUGCCUGAUCGAGCGCCGCCGUUCACGAGAACGACGUGCCGUUGAGAUAUGUCCACUUGUGACAAAAUUGCAAGUCCAUCGGAUCGAAUGCGUUCGCCACGAUGACAUUGUCUCUCCGUCCUCUCGACACGUUACCGCAAAGUUGCGAGCAUCAAAAGAGCACGUUGCUGGAGUAUUACUGUUGCUUGGCUCCGGCCGAGUGGUGCACCGUCGGCAAGUCCUUGAGCGACACGGUCGCGGACCCUCGGGCCUUGGGCUUUUGUUGGCUCUGGUGCGGGCUCCAUCCAAUGAAGUAAAUCACCUGGCACACCAACUCAAAUAUCGCACACUGAUGCGCCGACACACACCUGGAAUGUCACGGGGACUGACCCGUCUUCGUUGCCAAACAUGG